AUGAACAAUCGGCAUCCUUCAAAACUAAACAGUUUCACUGAUCUUAAUGAAAUUGGACGCGGUGGUUUCGGAGUUGUUUAUUCAGCGAAACGUGAAAAUGGAGAAAAAGUUGCUCUUAAAAAGAUUGAUGGAAGGGUUUCGAAGGAUAGAGUUUGGAAUGAAAUCAAGUCGAUGAGAUCCCUUAAACAUCGAAACAUUGUUGAGUUCUAUGAAGAUUUUAUCGAAGCUGGAGACACGUACGUUGUUAUGGAAUUAUGUGAGCACGGUUCUUUGAGAUCGUACGUCAAAACAAACGGUCCACUGCAAGAGCCAAUUGCUGCUCAUGUUCUUCGCCAAUUAAUUUCGGCAGUUACUUAUAUGCACAGAAGAGGUGUUUUACACCGUGAUUUAUCCGCUGGCAACGUUUUCAUUAAAUCAAUUAGAAGAGGAUUUUUAACAGUGAAAUUAGGUGAUUUCGGCUUAGCAACUAAUUUACGGCAAGGUGAGACAGCUUGUACAAUUGUAGGAACGCCAGGAUAUAUUGCACCGCAAGUAUUUAAUCAAGAUUACGACCAAACCGCAGAUGUGUUUUCUCUUGGUGGUGUUUUGUACACAAUGCUGACAGCUCGAGAUCCACCGAGCAAAGGAAAUGUUGUGCUGAAUGGUCUUAACUCGAAUGCUGCCAACCUUAUCGAACGGAUGAUGCAUCAAGAUGCGAAACGACGUAUUGGGUUAACUGAGAUCACCUUAUCAGACUUCAUGCGUGACAUUGACGAAGAGGGUGGAACGAUGUCUCGCGAAUAUUCGACGGAACGUCGUCUAUUAAGCCGAGAGCGGAAUCGGAGUACCGAGAGGAAUGCAUUGUCUCGAGAAGGUCGUUCCGCUGAGCGGUGUUCUCGUGAUCGUCGUGGUGUCUUACGCUCAAAUAGCCAACCUGUAUAUCCGCGUCGAAAUUCAGUGUCCGAACGACCGAACGUAGCUGUUCAUAAUCGACUUCCAUCGACAUCGAACUGUCAAUCUAAUGAUAAGUUGUGGCCGAUGAAUAUGGAAAGAUGUGCCGGUCAAAAAGUUCGAACGGCAGGUGGAAGAUACAUAGUGGAAAGCGAUUUUCGAGCUCGAUUCGAAGUGGCUGCCAAAGGAGAUGUUAUUCAUCGAAUUUUGAUUGUCGAGAUUGACACUUUCCAAAAACAAAAAGUUUUUGUGCACAAAGUUGCUGAUCGAAGAGAGAAAUGUCGCAGUGAAAACGACGAACUCAUCGAGUUAACAAGUUCGCCAAAUGUCUAUCUUUCGUAA